UAUUAUUUCUUUUUUAAGAGAAAGAAGAGAAAGAAGCUCUCCCCACUCAUCACUUUUCUAGGUGAAAUUUUGCAUUUCAUUCUGUUCUGGAUUGGUAUUGCAUAUUGUGUUUUAUUAUCACAUUAUUUAUUAAAACUCUAAAGUAGAUUUAAUUUUUGUGUUAAAAAGGCUCAAAAUGGAUUCCAGUACCGCUAUCCUGACCAAGGAUCAUUUAGAGAAGUUCAAGAAGUAUUUUCUCUCUGAUGAAAAGAAUUUAUUGGCACAAAAUGUUUGCUCAAAAAUUGACCCUUUUGAAGUUGCCCUCUCAAGAAAAAGGAUUGAGGAAACUCAACAUAUUUAUAACUCCAAGAUUGAAGCUGAAGCAAAACCUGUUACUAAUCAAAAGAACUCAGGCCGCUGCUGGCUUUUUGCAGCUCUAAAUGUAAUUCGAUUGCCUGUAAUCAAACAUUUUAACUUGGAAGAUUUUGAAUUUUCUCAAGGCUACCUUUUCUUUUGGGACAAAAUUGAAAGAUGUAAUUAUUUUUUAAACAACAUUGUGGAGACUGCUAAAAGGAAUGAACCUGUAGAUGGUAGAUUAGUAUCAUUUUUAUUAUACGACCCUACUUGUGAUGGAGGACAGUGGGACAUGAUUGUUAACUUAAUUAAUAAACAUGGCCUAAUGCCAAAGAAAAAUUUUCCUGAAUCAUAUAGUUGUGAAGCCAGUGCAAGAAUGAAUCAAGUGUUGAAGAGCAAGUUACGUGAAUAUGCUAAAGCUAUAAGAGAUCUUAUUCAAAAAGGUGGUAGCGAUGGAGACGUUCAAAAAUUAGUGGAAGAACAAAUGAUAAAUAUUUAUAGGAUUGUUGCCAUAUGUUUAGGGAUACCUCAUGAUACUUUUACCUGGAAUUAUUAUGAUAAGAACAAAUUCUUCCAUAGCAUUGGACCGAUAACGCCUAAGGAGUUCUAUGAAAACCACAUUAAACCAUUGUUUAAUGUUGAUGAUAAGGUUUGUCUUGUCACCGAUCCAAGAUCAACUAAUCAAUAUGGUAAAGCAUACACUGUGGAUUGUCUUGGGAAUGUUGUGGGUGGUCGUCGUUGCAUUUACAACAAUCAACCAGUCGAACUGCUUUUAGAAUUAACUGCAAAAAGUAUCAAGGAGGGUGAAGCUGUAUGGUUCGGCUGUGAAGUAAGCAAAAGAUGCGCAAGCAAGAUAGGAAUUCAAGAUAUUAAAAUUCAUGAUUUUCCAUUAGUAUUUGGAGUUGAUAUUCAGACUACAAUGAGUAAAGGCGAUAGACUUCUAUACGGAGAGAGUGCAAUGACUCAUGCUAUGGUCUUCACCGCUGUACAUGCAGAUGAAACUAAUGAAGUUCAAAAGCUACGCGUUGAAAAUUCUUGGGGUGAUGACAGAGGUGAAAAGGGAUAUCUCUUAAUGACUUCGGAGUGGUUCAAGGAAUUUACUUUUGAGGUCGUGGUGGAUAAGAAGUUUGUGUCUGAAGAGGUUUUGGAUGUGUUCAAGCAGGAACCAAUUGUAUUGCCUGCUUGGGAUCCGAUGGGCACAUUGGCAUGUUAGUUUUGCCCGCGCUCAUUAUUAUUUGUUUGUUUUAACACCAAGAUUGGUAUUUGGUAAUAUAGAAUUUAUUAUUUUUUCAUAUAUAAAAUAAAGUGUUAUAUAUUUAGCAUUUCGAAAACACUUUGAUAAUAUGUAAUUAUAUUCCUUUUUUUUUUCUUAUAAAAUUAAAGUGUUUUUAUCAUUUAUAAUAUGACUAUAUCAUUUAACAAAUAUUAAAGCUUGCUGUAUACAUUGAACAUUACCACCACUUGAUAAUUAAUAAGUUACCAGUUUCUGAAGGGUUAUAAUUUUAGAGAAUUUAUAAUCUGAUGCACCUGCUUGCCUUAGUAAGUACCCAUGUUUAUUCUAAUUCUUGAAUAAACUCAAAUCAUGUAACAUACACUAAACUUUAAGAUUUUGUAAAGUCUGAUUUACAACACUUAUGUUAAAAUAAUUGUAUUCAAGUGGAAACUAAUAAUUGUACUGUCUUGUCUUUGAUUAUAUGA